AUGUCUCUGAGACCCAACGCUAGGACUGAGGUUCGCCGGAACCGCUACAAAGUGGCGGUGGACGCCGAGGAAGGACGAAGGAGGAGAGAGGACAACAUGGUCGAGAUCCGUAAGACCAAGCGUGAAGAGAGCUUGCUCAAGAAGCGCCGCGAAGGUCUUCAGGCCACGCAACUUCCUCAGUUCGAUCCCUCCUCCCUCGCCGCUGCUGCUUCUUCCGUCGAGAAAAAGUUGGAGAGCUUGCCUUCUAUGGUCGAUGGAGUUUGGUCUGAGGACAGAAGCUUACAGCUUGAAGCCACCACUCAGUUCAGGAAACUGCUUUCUAUAGAGCGUAGUCCUCCUAUAGAGGAAGUGAUAGCUGCUGGUGUUGUGCCUCGCUUUGUGACGUUUCUCAUGAGGGAAGAUUAUCCACAGCUUCAGUUUGAAGCUGCUUGGGCAUUGACCAACAUUGCUUCUGGGACUUCAGACCAUACAAAGGUGGUUAUUGAACAUGGUGCUGUUCCGAUUUUUGUCGGACUGUUGGCUUCCCAGAGUGAUGAUGUCCGUGAGCAGGCCGUUUGGGCGUUAGGGAAUGUUGCUGGUGAUUCUCCACGGUGCAGAGAUCUUGUCCUAGGUCAGGGAGCUUUGUUACCAUUGCUCUCUCAGUUGAAUGAGCAUGCUAAACUCUCAAUGCUCAGAAAUGCUACUUGGACCCUCUCCAAUUUCUGCAGGGGAAAGCCACAGCCUCCCUUUGACCAGGUUCGCCCAGCACUUCCAGCCCUUGAGCGUCUGAUUCAUUCGACUGAUGAGGAAGUGUUAACUGAUGCUUGCUGGGCCAUUUCUUAUCUUUCUGAUGGUACCAAUGACAAAAUCCAAUCUGUCAUUGAGGCAGGUGUUGUUCCACGACUUGUCGAGCUUCUCCUGCAUCCAUCACCAACUGUACUCAUUCCUGCACUUCGCAGUAUUGGUAACAUCGUCACUGGAGAUGAUGCACAGACACAGUGUGUAAUUAGUCAUGGUGCUCUCCUUAGCCUUUUGAGCCUUCUGACUCACAACCAUAAGAAGAGCAUUAAGAAGGAAGCUUGCUGGACAAUCUCAAACAUCACUGCUGGAAACAGGGACCAGAUUCAGGCUGUGUGUGAAGCGGGUUUGAUUUGCCCCCUCGUUAAUCUGCUUCAGAAUGCAGAGUUUGAUAUAAAGAAAGAAGCUGCAUGGGCAGUAUCAAAUGCAACGUCUGGCGGUUCUCCUGACCAGAUCAAGUACAUGGUGGAACAGGGAGUGGUAAAACCACUGUGUGAUCUUUUGAUAUGUCCUGAUCCAAGGAUUAUCACCGUGUGUCUAGAAGGUUUGGAGAACAUUCUGAAAGUCGGGGAAGCUGAGAAGGUGACGGGAAAUACCGGAGAUGUCAACUUUUAUGCACAGUUAAUUGAUGAUGCUGAGGGAUUAGAAAAGAUUGAGAAUCUGCAGAGUCAUGACAACAGCGAGAUCUAUGAGAAGGCAGUGAAGAUUCUUGAAACAUACUGGUUGGAAGAGGACGACGAGACAGUAACACCUGGUGAUGGCUCUGCCCAGGGCUUCCAGUUUGGGGGUAACGAUGCAACCGCACCGCCUGGUGGAUUCAAUUUCCAGUGAAGGUAAUAAAUAACUCAGAACUAACCCUGUCCAAAUGUCUGAACAUCUCAAACUAGGAGGAGGUGGAGUAUGUCUGUCUGUGUAAUUUUUUGAGUCUUGUGUUUCUUUCGACAGGAGCUAAGCAUGAUGAUUGAAGAGACGUGAGGGAGGUUUUUGAGUUUUGUUUGAGCGCUGGUUAAAUGAGGUCUGAUUAGAGUCUGGUCGUGUGUAAAAAUCAGAUGGGGUGCCUUGGUCUGGUCUGGUUGGUUUGUGUUAUGAGAAGUCAAGCUUUGUUACAUUUUGUACUACACAACACUGCAAAGUCAAAAACAUAAAAAGUUGGUCAAACUUUUUUUUUAAUUGCUAGUGCGGUCCAAGUCAUUUUGGGCUGUUGUUUUGUCUGCGUAUGCACGCGUAUCUCUAUUUAUAAUGCCAAUAUGUCUCCG